AUGGCUAUUAUUUCUUGGUUCUUUUGCAUUGGGAUCUGUGUCGUUUCCUUGGCCUGGGGGCAACCAUCUGGAGGAGAUUAUUCCUUCCCAGAAGCAUGUCAAGCCUUAACGCCAGAAAACCCCCUUGAAGGCUGCGCCAUCGACUCCCUCCCACAUGAUGACACGAGCCACACAGUCCUCAUCCUUUCGGGAACCUAUACGGAACAACUGAAUAUCACCCAGCCGGGGCCCCUGACACUGCUCGGGGAAUCGAAUAGCCCGCACAAUGCCUCAACGAACUCUGUUCACGUCCGGUGGGCUGCAGCCACCGAGCAAGGAAUCUACACGGACAAUGUCUACACCAGCGUUCUGAUCGUUGCGCCGACCCUCAACGCAAGUCUGACAGGGUCCGGACCCGAGGGCCUCGCCGUCCCAGAUGGUACACCGUUCGGGUGUAGCGACUUCCGGACCUACAAUAUUGAUUUCCGGAACUCGGCCGGUCCUGCAAAUGCAUUGAGCUUCUCCCGUGCCAACGGCGGGUUCUAUUAUUCCGGGUUCUACAGUUACCAGGAUACGGUAUACGUUGGAAAAUUGGGGAAUGCUUAUUUCCACUCCAGCAUCGUGGCCAAACAGACUGAUUUCCUGUACGGGUUUGGCACUGCAUGGUUGGAACUGUGUGGCUUGGUGCUUCGGGGGUGUGGAGCUGGGAUCACGGCUUGGAAGGGGACGAACACGACGUAUCCCAAUAAGUUCGGGGUUUAUGUGCAUGCCUCUUCAAUCAAUGCUGCGAAUGCUUCCGUUGUGGUAGAGCAGAAGGGACGGUGUGCCCUCGGUAGACCCUGGAAUAGUGGACAUCGGAGUAUAUUUGCGGAGAUUUACGAAGAUGGCACGAUUCAGGAUAGUGGGUAUGUGCUUUGGCAGGCGCCCAUUACGGAGCAAACGCUCAUGGGAGUGGCACGCCGGGCAAUGUUCAGUGGAUUGAUCAACGGAUCCGGUGGUGGUAGUCUGGAUUUCAUAUCAAGCGUCUACCAUGUAUACGGCACGCCUUCUCAUAAGCCCCUAUACAGCACAAUGCCUAUUCGUACAUCAAUUGAUCCGAGCCAUGUGGGAAAUGCUCGGUACUCCGUAGACGGGCAAGCUAAAAGACGACAACUGACUCAUGCCUCAAAGGCGAGUCAUGAUGGCCAGGCUGUUGCAUGUACCGGUAUUGGAUUGCACCAAGGUUUUUACGGCUGUGGUUUCAAAUCUUAUCAAGAUACCCUAUACGCCAAGUCGGGCAUGCAAUAUUACUCGGUUACUAUAUUGAAAGUAGUAAAGAUGACUGACACUGGGAGCGUUGUAGGUGCGGUUGACUAUAUCUUCGGAGAUGCUGCGGCUUGGUUUGGUGAAUGCACCAUGAUAUCCUCAGGAGGAGGAUACAUCACCGCCAGUUCGCGAACCUACGGCACGGACCAAGCAUACGUGAAUUCUCAGAUAACUGCGGCCGCCGGUGCCAGCGUCGAUGGGAAGGUGUUCCUAGGAAGACCGUGGCGUCCCCUUGCCAGGGUGAUCUACCAAUACUCCACUUUAACUGGUGUCGCACCAAUGGCCGAAGGAGCUACACCGUAUGUAUUGUUCCUAGUGAUAAAUUGGGAAAUGGUUGUUAUUAACCUCUUGAGUAGGAUUUCCAUGGAGUAUGAAAACACAGGCGCCGGGUCAAAUACCUCUGUAAGACUCUAUGAGACACCGGCAUCUGCCACUAUGGCCAAAUCACAGCUCUGGGGUGGUGACACGGGAUGGUAUGAUAAAGCAUACUGA